AAUGAAAGCGAUGCGACUAUGGAGGGCCGGGAGAUUUUCACCAUCAGGUUCGAAGCCCAAGUUAGUGGUGCAAGAACAUGGACCCAAUACAGAUUUAAACUUGCUUACAGCUGCAUAUGUUUCCACGGGUUCCGAUGUUUCCACUCCAAAUAGAGUUUUCAUUGUACCCGGCGAUGCUAUUUAUAAACAACGCACCCCUUUGGGAAAUACUGUUCUACACUUAGCGGCCGCCCAUGGAAAUAAUGCAAUGGUGGAGAAGGUGGCUCAGCAAGCUCCCUACCUUUUUGCAGUGACCAACAGCAAUUAUGAUACUGCAUUGCAUGCUGCUGCAAGAGCAGGCCAUGCCUCUACCAUGAUGCUCUUGGUGUCUUUGACCUUGUUACGGAAUAAACAAGGAAACACUUUUCUUCACGAGGCAUUUAUGGUUAAUGCGCAUGCUGGGGCUCUGAUUUUCAACGCUUUUGAAGAUCCUUUUAUAAGAGACAAUUCAGAGUUGGAGGCUAAGUUUAAGAAAAUUGUUAAUAAUUUAGUUGUAUUUGCAAUCAACGGGAAAGGGAAAUCAUUGCUGUAUGUGGCCAUUGAGGUUGGUUGCAAGCAAGUUGUUGAUCAACUGUUGGAUAUCUGCAUCCAAUAUGACCUCCAGCCUCAAGGAAAAUCUCCCCUUCUUCCAACACUCACCAAGAGAAAUAUGGAAAUGAAGAAGGAAGCCUACCUCUUCAUCAGGCGGUGUCUAUGGGGAGGUGUCUCCUUCUUGGUAAAAAGAUGUUCUUCAUGCACCAUGGAAAGGGACAACGAUGGCUUCUUCCCCAUUCAUUUGGCAUGUAGUGGAGGUCAUGUCAGAGUGGUUGAAGAGUUACUAAAAUACUAUCCAGAUCCUACAGAGAUGCUUGACAAAAAUGGCCGAACUUUGCUCCAUGCUGCUGCUAAAAGUGGAAAAUAUGAGAUGGUUAGGUACAUCCUCCUACAUCCAAAGCUUGAGUUUAUGAUAAAUCACAAGGAUAAUGAUGGGAAUACUCCUUUACAUCUGGCCACCCUACACUGUCCAUCCCUCGCACAGGCAAGUUACAGUUUAGACUUACAUGGAAUGCAUUGCAAUCUGCUGGUACGCCUCGAAGUUUUAUUUCGUCCACCAUGUUGCUUUCAAAUGACACAGUUUUAUCUAGUGAAGAGAAAGAAUUCGACAACACCGGACAAUACAAAGAUAGAAUUCGCUGCUGGGUUUGCCAUGCCGGGUGACGUAGAUCAAGGAACAGCUAUUAUGUUGAAUCAUGUCAUGUUCCAUUUGUUCAUUCUCUCCCUCACAACCUCUAUAUUUGGGGCUAUUAUUGCAACUAUAAUUCUCAUGUGGGCUCGUUUAGAUGAUCUGAAUUUAAUGCUUUUUGCUCUCAAGUGCGCAAUGCCAAUUCUAGGUAUUUCUUUGACGGCUUUAUCCUUGACAUUUUUGGCAGGCGUGUAUCUUGUAGUUAGCAAACUAAGCUGGUUGUCUACCACAUUUUUGGUGUUGAGUGUGGUUUUGAUCUUCAUGGUUGUGUUCUUGUAUGCCCUCCUCUUGCUGCCCUCCUCUUCAACCGUACCAUUUAUUCGAUAUAUUUCCUAUUAUCCCUUUCUUCUCCUUGCAAAGAUAGCCGAGGUGAAAAUUGAUGCCAACCACAAAAGUUCCAGUACUUCUAGCACCCUAUAAUCUAGAUGAAGUACAUGGUUAUUAUUAGCAAGCCAGGAUAGAGAAACACACAUAUUAAGUAUAUUUAAUUGUCUAGUGUCUGUUAAUAUAAUGUCGUGUGUGUGUAUUCAUCUGAUGCAUUGUCGUGGGACUAGCUUGUUCAAGAUAGUUGGUAGAUGUAUGGCUUAUAAUCUUGUGUGUCGCUUCUAUACAUGGAAUAAUAGUGGUAAAAAUGGGAUCUUUGUGUGCUUUGUCUAAUUGU